UCCAAAAUGUGUUAAAGUUGAUGUUCCAGCAGCUACCUGUCAUGCGUAGUGCGUUCGAACUAUAAUUGGAACAUACUACUAGAACCAACCCUGUGUUCGUGGAGCACAGAUUCCUAAUUUCGAAACGUGUUCUGAAUACGUUCAAUGUAUCUUCACAUGGGUAAAGAUUUUAAAUCCGGCGCAUGUGCAUUCAUCCUAUUUGGCAUUUUUGUGAACUAACCUCUUAUCUAUUUGGUUUUCUACGUGGGUACUUGUAUUAGAAAUAAACAACGUGGUAGUUGACUUUAUACUUGAAAAUAUCAAGAAUAAACCUUCGGCUAAUAUAAUAAUAAUAAAGAUUUUAGAUGUUCAUAAAUCUGCCGCGAACAAAGCAUUUCCAUUUGUUAUAUACAGUUAAAAAUAAGUGUUCCUCAAAACAUACAUAAAAUAAAGUGACAUAACCUCAUAUAAAGAACUACCGUUAUGAGCCUUUAAAACAAUAUUUAAAUGUAAAUUAUUGUAAAAGUUCAAUUGAAGGAAAUAUUAAUUAUUCAGUAUUUUUAUUAGGAAGUGAUGUAAGUUUUUGAAAGAUGAAACUCCCUUAAAGCAAUGGUUAUAAGCGAUAAAAUAUUCGCUAGUCUGUAAACAUUUCAACCCUGACGAUUAUGCAUUAAAACCCUCAAACAGUGACAUUUUCGAGAUUGUAUUCCAUAUCACCGUCUACAGUGACAAAUUCAAAACUUUCUAUAUUCCCAUGUGCAAAAGUAUUUUUAAUAAAAAUAUGGAUUAUACAAAUUUGCCUCCAAGGCCAAAAAACUUUAUCUCUGUAAUUCCGCUCCCACUACAGAAAUGUAAAUUAUCUUUAAACUUUUAUCACAAAUAUUUUUUUUGGUAAUAGUAAACCAUAAAAAAUUAAUUAUAUUUCAAGUUGAACGUAAAUUCGAAAGUCAUCUUCCAUAAUAUUUUUUCAGUAUAAAUUUUUAAAUUGAAGGAGCAAUUAUACUGGCGAGAAUUUAUUUUUUUUUUCUAUUAACAAUCAAAAUGAAAGAGGUUAAAUAAAAAUAAAAUUGUAUAGAUUUUGUAUAUAUGUUAAAUAUUUUCAAGUAUAUACUGAAAAAUGUGUGAAACUAUAAAAUUAUUUAAAAUAUUAUAUUAAAAAUUAGAUGUAACUACGAGUUAAAAAGAAAAGAAUCGUAAUUUUAUUAGCAGAGAGAGCUUUUCAUCAAAUCUUGACUUCUUAUCAAGAAGUACACAAAAAACCUAGAGAUCUGAAAUAGUAGAAGUCCAAUGAUAGAAGAUAAAAGAAUUAAAAUGAAUGAGGCUUUAUAUUCCACUUCUAAAGAUACAGACCCAAAAAACUAUAACAAAUUAAAAAUUAACAGAAGUACUAAUUCAGAAGAUCGUGAUAUUGAAUCUUCAAUAAACAAGGUCAUUUUAAAUAAUAUAAUUUAAAAGUGGAAAACUUAGUCAAAUUUAUCAUGCACCUUGCAUGUUUACGAGCAUUAAUAAAUAUAUCUACUUAAUUGUUUACCAGUUAUUGACCCAACUUAUCAAUAUUCUAUAUGUUAUUAAUUGCUGUUAGUAGAUAAUUGUAUCUGUUAUUAUUGUACUGUGUUCAUAAAAAUUUUUCUCAAGUGAUAAUCGGUUGAAAAUGUAGAAAAAUAAAAUGUUACCUGCUACAUAUCCCCAAGGAACAGGAAGUAGCGGAGCUACACGAGAGAGACAAAAAUUGGGCGAUGCAGUCCCAGCGUCACCAACUAAAGAAGGACAAGCUUUUAUCUUUGACAAAAAGCCUGAAAACAAAUUGCAAAUUCAAGGUUCACAGGAUGAAGAGGAGCCUUAUUUUACUAAGCCAGCCCUAAGUUAUGAUCUACCUCGACCUAGGGCCAACACAGUUUCUGAGGGGACUCAACCAGUACGAAAUGCAUCUAAAACACCUACAGUAUUUCGUUGGGAAGGGGGUGGUAAAGAUGUCUGCAUUUGUGGUACUUUUUCAAAUUGGGAAACAAUACCUAUGGUAAAAAGCUACGGAGAUUUCGUCGCUAUAAUUGACUUACCUGAAGGAGAACAUCAGUACAAGUUCUUUGUAGACGGAGAAUGGAAAAAUGAUCCAGCUAAUAAAAUUGUAGAAGAUAACGGUGGUGUCAAAAAUAAUCUUAUUGUUGUGAAACAAUCAGACUUUGAGGUGUUUCAAGCAUUGGCUAAAGAUAGCGAAAAUGCUAAAGAUGAUUCUCAAAAAGAAUUUGGACAAGAUAUUCCAGCGAAUAAGCCUUGGGAAAAAACGACCGGACCACCUAUUUUGCCACCUCAUCUUCUUCAAGUUAUUCUUAACAAAGAUACACCACUCUCAUGCGAGCCAACUUUACUGCCAGAACCGAAUCACGUUAUGUUAAAUCAUCUGUAUGCUCUUUCUAUAAAAGAUGGCGUCAUGGUACUUAGCGCUACGCAUAGGUACAGGAAAAAAUACGUCACCACAUUAUUAUACAAACCUAUAUAAGAAUUUUAAAUUAUUUUGUAUAUAUGUAGAUUAUAUUUUUAAUUAGUAUCUGAAUUUUUUUAGGGAAAUUUUAUUUCAACGGAUACUAGGCUUUGUUGAUUUUUUUUGUAUAUUAUCAUUCUGCUCCAUAAGUAUUAAUAAUAAAAGAUUACUUUGAA